CCCAUCCGAAGAAUAGAUCAUGCAUAGAGUUUGGAAAAGAAAUAUUGUGGUCCGUCUGUUUGCUGAAAACAAAACAGUGUUCCGUCCCCUGCCGCCUUGGUUCAAAUCCGUUUUCUUGCUCUGCAGGGAGAGGCUGCCCCCGGAGUAUUCUGCUUUUAAUAAGCUUCCCAAUCAGCUCUCGCGUGCAGAGCGCUCUCCCCCCUCGCCCAGCCCGCGUCCUCCCUGCCCGCUCCUCUCAUCCCUCCCAUUCUCCAUUUCCCUUCCGUUCCCUCCCAGGCAGGGCGUAAUUGAGUCAAAAGCAGGAUCAGGUUCCCCGCCUUCCAGUCCAAAAAUCCCGCCAAAGAGCCGGAGAGCAGAGCAAAACCCAAAGUGGAGAGAGGGGAAGAAAGAGCCCAGUGAGUCAUCGUCCAGAAGGCGCGCGGAGCCGCAGCCACCCAGCGGGAGCAGCCGGGUACCUGGACUCUGCAGCCGCGAACCUCGCCCCUCGCGACCAAGCCAGCCCGAGCGCGUCAGAGGACGUUUGCAACUCAAAAAUGCAGUCUCAACAGUACCAGCAGCAACGUCGAAAAUUUGCAGCUGCCUUCUUGGCAUUGAUUUUCAUUUUGGCAGCUGUGGACACUGCUGAUGCAGGGAAGAAAGAGAAACCAGAAAAAAAAGUGAAGAAGUCUGACUGUGGAGAAUGGCAGUGGAGUGUGUGUGUGCCCACCAGCGGGGACUGUGGGCUGGGCACACGGGAGGGCACCCGCACUGGAGCUGAGUGCAAACAGACCAUGAAGACCCAGAGAUGUAAGAUCCCCUGCAACUGGAAAAAACAAUUUGGAGCGGAGUGCAAAUACCAGUUCCAGGCGUGGGGAGAAUGUGACCUGAACACGGCCUUGAAGACCAGAACCGGAAGUCUGAAGCGAGCCCUCCACAACGCUGACUGCCAGAAGACUGUCACCAUUUCCAAGCCCUGUGGCAAACUGACCAAGCCCAAACCUCAAGAAUCCAAGAAGAAGAAAAAGGAAGGCAAGAAGCAGGAGAAGAUGCUGGACUGAAAGACGCCACCGUUUGUGGAGCAUAAGAAGGACAUCAGCAAGAGGAUCAAUUAACUAUUGCAUUUAUACCUACUGUAGGCUUUUUAUUCAAGAAUUAUCUAUAGCUAAGUACACAAUAGGCAAAAACAAAGAAAAGAAAAUUUUUGUAGUAGCAUUUUUUAAAUGUAUACCAUAGUACCACUAGGGGCUUAUAAUAAAGGACUGUAAUCCUAUUUAGGAAGUUGACUUAUAGUACAUGAUAAAUGAUAGACAAUGGAGGUAAGUUUUUUGAAGCUAUAUGAUAUUUUACUUUUCUUUUUUUUAUUUUACUUUUUUUUUUCUUUUGACAGCAAUUUAAAUGUUAUGACCAUGUAAACUACUUUUCUUGUUAGGUACAUUUUUUUCACCUAGAAUUUUUUUCCCAAUUGAAAAAAAUAUAUAUACUAAACAAAGCAGCAAUAAAAUGUAAUCACUCUAUUUGAGAAAAUUAUCUUGUUUUCUGCCAAUGGAUUUUUUUUUUCAAGUACUUAAUAAGAUAGUGGUUUUGGGGAGGGGGAGGUGAAGCAUGUCCUAGUUUAAUGUUGAUUUUUUUUUUUAAACUAAAGCAUUAAAACAUGAAAGUUUUCCACUUAGGAGAAAUAUUUGUUUUCUUGAUGAAAUAUUUUCCCAUCAGAGGAAAAAAAUACUAGGAGAAUAAAUCAAGGCAAUGCUGAAAAAA